AAAGUUUCCUGCUGUGGCAUGGAAUAGAAAGAAAAUGACAGCGAGACUUCUAAGAACAACCCUUGCUUUGCUCUCCCUUGGCCUCUUUGGGGUCCUGAAGGCAUCAACAAUAUCAUGCAGAAAUGARGAAGGUGAAGCUGUGGAUUGGUUUGUCUUUUAUAAAUUGCCCAAAAGGCAAGACAAGGAAACUGGAGAGACUGGGCUAGAGUACCUAUACCUAGACUCCACAAUCAGAAGCUGGAGGAGGAGUGAGCAGUURAUGAAUACCACUGAGAGUGCAUUGGGAAGGACAUUACAACAGCUAUAUGAAGCAUAUGCCUCAAAGGGUAACAGCACAGCCUAUCUAAUAUACAAUGAUGGAGUCCCUACAUCUGUGAAUUAUGACAGAAAAUAUGGACACACCAAAGGUUUAUUGCUGUGGAACAGAAUCCAGGGGUUCUGGCUGAUUCAUUCUAUUCCCCGGUUUCCUCCAAUUCCUCAAGAAGGCUAUGAUUAUCCAUCCACUGGGAGACGAAAUGGACAAACUGGCAUCUGUGUAACUUUUAAGUACAACCAGUAUGAAGCAAUAGAUUCUCAGCUCUUGAUCUGCAACCCAAAUGUCUAUAGCUGUUCCAUCCCGGCCACCUUUCACAGGGACCUUGUCCACAUGCCCCAGCUGUGUGCCAGGUCGAGCUCAUCAAAGAUUCCUGGCCGGCACCUCGCCACACUUCAGUCAUCCCGAGGACAAAACUUCCUCCAUUUUGCAAAAUCGGAUUCUUUUCUUGAUGACAUCUUUGCAGCCUGGAUGGCUCAACGGUUGAAGACACACUUGCUAACAGAAACCUGGCAGAGAAAGAGACAAGAGCUUCCUUCAAACUGCUCCCUUCCUUACCAUGUCUACAAUAUCAAAGCCAUUAAGAUAUCUCGACAAUCUUAUUUCAGUUCUUACCAGGACCAUGCCAAAUGGUGUAUUUCCCAAAAAGGCACCAAAAACCGCUGGACAUGUAUUGGAGACCUAAAUAGGAGCCCAUACCAAGCCUUCAGAAGUGGAGGAUUCAUUUGUACCCAGAAUCGACAUAUUUACCAAGCAUUUCAAAGAUUAGUUUUGUAUUAUGAGGACUGUGACUAACUCAGUGAAAGAAUACCUGUGCUAUCAUUGAAAACAUCUAUAAUGAAUCUUGCAUGAGAGCCAUUAUUUAAAUAUUUGAGGCCUUUAAGUAUGUUCAACAUAUCAUCAAAUAAAACAUGCUUUUCCAAUGUU